CUUCAUCCGUUCCUGAAAAACUUCCAGGUUUCCAAUUUUAGUGUGGAUGGAGGCUAUUUGGAGAAGGAUGAAGAUCCUGCUGCUGGAUUUGAUAUCAUUCAGUGGGCUGUGUUUCCCAACAAAUCUACUUCUGGGGUGAAAGUUGGAAGUGUAGAAAAUGAGGCCUCCUCAGAAGUCAAGGCCUCCAUUGAUCAAAGUGCCAUUCUGUGGCCAACAUCAUUUAAUAAGAUAGUCAAAGCCAACAACCGGGAUCUCACCUAUAUUCUUCUGGUCUUUCUCCUCCUUUCCUUCUUGGCCUCCUUCCUGUUUAUUGGUCAUCCCCAAAAAAUAACCUGCCUUCUUCGGCAAACCACUUUUAGUAUUGUUUUCUCAGUUGCUGUAUCUUCCUUGUUGGCCAAGACGAUAAUGGUGGUGGCAGCAUUUUUAGCUACAAAGCCAGGCAGCAGGAUGAGGAAAUGGCUGGGGAAGCGUCUGGCCAACUCCAUUGUCUUCUUCUGCUCAUGGAUUCAGAUAGGAAUCUGCAUCAUAUGGCUUGGACUUGCUCCCCCAUUCCCAGAUGUUGACAUGCAUUCUCAACCAGGACAGAUCCUGAUACAAUGUAAUGAAGGCUCAGUUGCCAUGUUCUACUCUGCCCUUGGCUAUAUGGGAUUUCUGGCUGUUGUCUGCUUCUUGGUGGCUUUCCUGGCCCGCAAGCUGCCAGGGACUUUCAAUGAAGCUAAACUGAUUACCUUCAGCAUGCUGAUUUUUUGCAGUGUCUGGAUCUCCUUU